AUGUAUAAAAUGGAGUAUUCUUACCUAAAUUCCUCUGCCUACGAGUCAUGUAUGGCCGGGAUGGACACGACGAGCUUGGCAUCGGCCUAUGCGGACUUCAGCUCGUGCAGUCAAGCCAGUGGGUUUCAGUACAAUCCCAUCAGGACCACUUUCGGGGCCACCUCCGGCUGUCCGUCCCUCACGCCGGGCUCGUGCAGCCUGGGGACGCUGCGGGACCACCAGAGCAGCCCGUACGCUGCAGUUCCCUACAAACUGUUCACGGAUCACGGUGGGCUGAACGAGAAGCGGAAGCAGAGGCGCAUCCGGACCACCUUCACCAGCGCGCAGCUGAAGGAGCUGGAGAGGGUUUUUGCGGAAACUCACUACCCGGACAUCUACACCAGAGAGGAGCUGGCACUGAAAAUCGAUCUGACUGAAGCCAGAGUUCAGGUUUGGUUCCAGAACCGGCGUGCCAAGUUUCGCAAGAUGGAGCGCGCAGCUGCGACGGCCGUAGCGGCUGCCAAGGCCAACUCCGGGAAGAAGUCCGACUCCAGAGAUGAAGACUGUAAAGACAACAAAUCCACCGACCCCGAUAGCACAGGAGGACCGGGCCCGAACCCAAUCACCAGCUCCAACUGCGGCGGCCCGAGCCCCACCGGAGGACAGGUCAACAACACCGGGAACGGGCAGGUGGACCAGGUGAAGACCUCCAUGUCCGGCGGGAUGGGGGUGACCGCAGCGAGCCAAGGCUGGGCCACCAACCCGGGCCCCAUCACCUCUAUCCCGGACUCUUUGGGCGGCCCGUUCGCCAGCGUACUGUCGUCUUUGCAAAGACAGAACGGAGCCAAAGCUACAUUAGUAAAGACCAGCAUGUUCUAGUGAGGCAGACACAAAACGUUUCCUCAUCCUCAUCAUCCGGAGACUGAAAAUAUAUUGCCCAUGACAGACUUUAAGGACAAUAAAAAGCAGUUAAAAAGAAGAUGACAACUAUGUUAUUUUAUUUUUAUGCCUUGCGCCGUUUCGUGUGGUCAGUUGACACUUUUGCUGUGAAAAUAUCCAUCUUGACAAUUCAUGUUGUCUGAUUAUAACACCGUCUUUGUUUCUUUAACGUGAGAUUAGGGUGAAAUGUGUCCACUUGUUUCCGGUCACUUCUAAAGACUGAAAUCCUGUACUAGUAUCAACAAAAUGACACUUCUGAUGAGAUUCUCCAUGCGUAAAAUAAGUCUCAUCCAAAUCCAAAACGCUCCUGCUGUUUUAGGAAACAAAGGACACAUUUAAGUCUGAAAACGGGAUGAAGUGAUUUGCUAAGAUGAAAACAUUUUUGGCCAAACACGGACGUCUACGCACUGGAAACGCGUCGUGCCAUCAGUGAGCAAAAGGGAGCCUCGUUAAGUCGCGUUACAUGUCAGAGUUCAACAGCUGCUUUGUUUGGUAAAGAGACGUUUAAUGCCCAUGACUGAGGAUGCUCUCACACAAAUCCUCAGUCUGACACAACUAAAACCCAACGGGGCGCUGAUGCAUUUCGCUUCUCUGAUCUCUGCAGGACACAAUAUGCAGUUUCUUUGCAGCUUUUUCUGUUUCCAAGGCUGCUGAGAGUUUGGUUUCUUUAAAUGAUCGAUAUGAAACACAAUUAUUUCUUCGACAAAAAAAAGGCACAAACUACUGCAAUGUUCACCUCUGACAGGAAAUCUGUGUGUUUUGUGUGUCUUUCUACGGCAGUGUAUUUGUGGCUCAAACUGUAUAGUGUUAAUAUGUAUUAUUGUCUCCUAUAGUUGAACCAUAGGCCAUACUCCCUCGUAGAUCGAUCAUACAAGUCUUUUUGAUGUUUUACAAAAUUCCCUAGGAAGAAUUUAUUUUGGGUAUAAAAAAAGGGAAUGGAUGCAAACAUUGUAUUUAUUUCUAUAUCAUUUGCAUGUUGUCUCUUUGUCUGAUUUUACAAUGAGUUCUCUUCCAUUUUGUGAGCAUUAUGUAACAUGUUUUGUCCAGGAUCUGAAAGUUAUUUAUAUGUAGGUAAUGAAUGCUUAUAUUUAAGAAGGAAAUAUUUCUACAUGUGCACAUAGUUUUCCAGGUGUA